UUUGAGUGUCACUAGUGACAAGAGGAUGGUAUAAAACCUUUGGCAGCUGUGCUUCCGCAGGACUGACAGCUGAUAGGACAUGCAUGUACUGUGUUGCUAUUAUUACGACAGGCAUUGCAGCCAGCAGUAGACACCAGCGGUAACUAAAAUGGAUAUCCAGAGGACUGGCUUACUGAUGGGGUCACCUGGCUCAAUGGAGAGUCUGGAAAAACAACUUAGUUGUCCGAUCUGCCUUGAUAUGUUCACCAAGCCCGUAGUGAUCUUGCCUUGUCAACAUAACCUGUGCCGUGGAUGCGCUAGUGAGCUUUAUGACUCUCGAAACCCCUACAGAUUUUCAGGCGGGGUGUUCAGGUGUCCAACAUGUCGUUUCGAGGUGGUUCUUGAUCGUCAUGGUGUACAUGGGCUUCAAAGGAAUCUUCUAGUAGAGAACAUUAUUGAUCUUUACAAACAACAGCAAGAAGGUAGUGGAACUGCAGCAGCACCUGUAAAACCUAAAGCCUCCACCGAACCGCUUUGUGAGGAGCACGAGGAUGAAAAGAUCAACAUCUACUGUGUCACCCACCAGGUUCCCACUUGCUCAAUGUGUAAAGUCUUUGGACAGCACAAGGACUGUGAAGUUUCCCCCCUUGCUAGCGUUUACCAGGCCCAAAAGGGGGAGAUGAGCAACGCCAUUGAUGCUCUGGUUGCAGGCAAUGGGCGGCUACAGGCCUUGCUAAACCAGAUGGAGGAAGCUUGCAAAGCUGUUCAGGACAACUCCCAACAUGCUAAGCAAAAGCUAGCAGAGCGAUUUGAUGCUCUGUAUAUAGCUCUAGAGGAACGAAAGAAUGCCUUAUUGGAGCGUAUUAGCAAAGAGCAGGACGAGAAGGUGGCAGCCCUACGAAAGCUAGCUAGACGUUAUGGAGACCGCCUCCAAGCAGGUACAGAACUCACUGAUACAGCAGUUCAGGCCCUGGAAAAAAGCAGCGCUGCAGAGUUCCUACAGUCCUCCAAGAGUCUCAUUGCACAGACAAAGGAGGCAGCCAAGAGUUCCAUGGCAGAGGAAAGACCUGAACCUGGUUUUGAGAGAAUGGACCAUUUUACUCUUUUCACCGACGAAAUUGAGAUAUUAUUGUCAAAGAUGGACUUUGGGGGAGACGAUGAUGAGGAAUAUGAAGAUGCAGAGGAAGAAGAAGAGGAAUGAACAUGGGGGUGGACCAGUUAGUGUUUAUGAAGAAGAAGUGAAGGACUAAAUAAUGUGUGAGAAGCUAAAUAAUGUGUGUUAACUGUGUGUUAACACACAGAUGGUUUUUAGAGUGAGCGGCUAAGCUGUAUGAAACACUGAAAACUACAAGCAAUACUUUGGGACAAAUAAAAUUAAUUUGGUGUCGUUUUAUACUUUUAUAAUGAUAGUUUAUGUAUUUGUCUUUCUGUGACUAAUGCAUUCUGUAUACACUCUGUAUUCAGAACUGAAUAGAAAACAUAUUCAUACUGUUUAUUUACUUGAACAUGAAAUUAAUACAGAACAUAAAAAUGUAAAAUAAGAUUGUAUGUCAUUGUGUACAAGAUUGUAUGAGUCUAUUCUUGUAAAGACUGUGAAUGAUUAUAC